UCUUGCCACCAACAAAGAAGACAUAUAUAAAAUUUUGCUUUAUAGUUGCAAGCUCAUUGCAAUAUUUGGAAAGAAUGACGAUAGUGGAGAUGUGUGUGCACAUGGAUUGUCCAGGUUGUGAGACCAAGAUAAAGAAAGCUCUUAAAAAAUUACGUGGAGUUGAUGAUGUGGACAUAGAUAUGAGGCUGCAAAAGGUAACUGUGAUGGGUUGGGCAGAGGAAAAGAAGGUACUGAAAACAGUGAGGAAGACAGGUAGAAGAGCAGAGCUGUGGCCAUAUCCAUACAACCCAGAAUAUCAUUACAAUCAUUGUGGAAACAACUCUUACUUCGCUUCUUCUUACAGUUAUUACAAGCAUGGAUAUAGCUAUGGUGAAAACUUUGGCUAUUACCAUAAGCCAAUGAUUGAUGAGAAGCUCAUUUCUAUGUUCAGUGAUGACAACCCUCACGCUUGUUCAAUAAUGUAAAACACACAUUUCUCAUUUCUUCAUUCUAUGUUAAACUUUUUCCCAUCUAUAGAUGCAUUUGGUAAGUUUGUAAUGUAUAUAAACCAAUAUAUGUUGUUGCUCUUUUAUGA